AUAGUGCAUAUAGCACCCCACUCUGGUCAAAAAAAAAACGCUCACAUUUGUGCAAAUAGGUCUGAUUUAUAAAAAUUGAACUAAAAUACCAUUAGGAGCAUAUUUUAUAAUAUAUAUAUAUAUAUAUAUAUAUAUAUAUAAAAUAUUUUGUGAAAUGAUUAAAAAGUUCUUCUUCUUCAUCUCGCUGGUUGCCGCAGCAGAGAGGGAAGGGAAGAUUGGAGAAGACCCGUCAUCGCCGGUGAGUCGUAGACUGAACAAAAACUCCAAGUUGUCAAGACCAACUAAGCUGCUGGUGACGUUUCAGUAGAUCCAGGCCGUCAAUGGUAUCGCUGAUACCAGCAAGAUCAACAUCGGGCAGGAGCUGUGGAUCCCACUCUGUGCAGCUGCGAUGACGUGAAGGGAUAGAGCGUCGUCCAUUACGGACACGUGGUGGUUGCUGGGAGCUCGGUGGAUGGGAUUGCACAGCAGUUCAAUACCUCCUCGGACAUUCUACUGAAGCUUAAUGGACUCACCAAACCCAACCAGCUUCAGGCCAGUUCAAGUGUCCAUUCAAAUCGAAGUGGGCACGUCGUCACCGGAGCUGCUAACUGGGCACGUCCGGCGAACGAUUUGCCUAAGGUUUUACCACAGGGAAGGUAGUAACAGGGUAGCCAAUGUUUUCUGUUCCAGAUGCAACAACAUUCUGGGCAUAAAAUUUAUGCAAGUGCAAAACAACGACCAUAGAUGGGUGGCAGCAGGAAGUUUUGGAUAUAAUCAAGCUCCGUUUCUGGGAUGGAAACUUGUGGUAUCGGAUUGUGCUAGAAUAAUUCAACCAGUUUGGAAUACACAGUGCAAUACACAAUGACAGAGGCAUCAAUUUGAAGAGGCUCACUGAUACUGACAUUCAUUGAAUAUGUAAUUUUAUAUCCACAAACUUUGUAUUUGUCCAAUUUCAUUUUCAUCAAGUGAGAAGUGGUGAAAAAUUAUUGUUGUACAUGAAAGAGCGUUCAAUUGAACUGUAAGGAGAGAAAACGCAUACACACGCACAAAGAAAAAGAAGAAUAAUAAAAAGUAAGGUUUGGUAGGGAUAUUUUGGAAAAAUUAAAAAGGUAAAAUGAGUAUUACAUUAAUUUAGGGUGUUUACGUACAAAUUAAAAAGAAUAGGAAUGUUGUU